ACUUGAAAGAUUAGAAGCAGAGCACAUAAUUUAGAAGACUUUUCUUGUGUGGUGUUUAGCCAACAAAGACCCACCCAUUGAAACGCAGCGUUUCACGCUUUUCAACUCUGUUGGUUCGAGUAGACCAAAUCUAAACAUAAGAAAUGGAACGUUUAUCACUCUGCAGAAGUAGUCUUGUUCCAUUUCGAAAAGCCGUUAGAACUGUUAACCACCACCGCCGCAACUUCAAGGUGAAGAGUUGCAGUGAUGGCCGCACCGGGGAGGGCUCAACAACUCCCCUCUCCAGUUCUUCCUCUGCUUACUCUAUUCUUGGCGUCCACCCAACUUGCUCACCUGCCGAGCUUAAAGCCGCUUUCCGAGCCAAAGUGAAGGAGUUUCAUCCUGAUGUGAAUAGGAAUGGAAAAGAUUCUGAUACCAUGAUCCGUCGUGUUAUUCAGGCAUAUGAGAUGUUGUCCAAUUUCAGCCGAACUGAGAUCAUCGAGGGGGAGUGCCUAGAUCCUUUUGAUAACCCAGAAUGUGAAGCUUUUGAUGUUUUUGUUAAUGAGGCUCUUUGUGUUGGAAAAGGUUGUCCAUACUCAUGUGUACAAAGAGCUCCUCAUGUCUUCACUUUUGCUUCAACCGGGACUGCAAGAGUGACUUCUCAAGGACACGGAGAAGAUUACCAAGUUCAGCUUGCAGUUGGUCAGUGUCCCAGAAGCUGUAUUCAUUAUGUUACACCUUCUCAAAGGAUUGUUUUGGAGGAGCUACUUGUCAGCAUCUUGAGCACACCUUUUGAUAGUUCAGCUGAGGCAGAUUUGCUAUACUCUCUAAUAGUUAAAGCCAGGUUUGAGAACAAUCGAUAUCAAAAGCCAAAGACGCAAUCCAAAGCUUCAACACAACAUGUAGAUUGGUUUUGAACAUGUGAUUCUACAACUGAAGGUGUGGGUUAUUAUAAGAUUCUGGCCUCAUAGAUUAAAUGGUUAUGUAACGAGUUUAUAUAGUAUAUUAUGGGUUGGGCCUCCUUGUAACGGGUUAUUGGACUCGGGUAGUCUUUUAAACGGGUUUUUAGGAUUUUUCCUAUUACUAUAUAAGGCAAUCUAGUAUCUUUGUAAGGACAUCCAAGAAUCAAUAUCAGUUUAUUGUUUAA